AACAGACUUCUAACGUGUAUGAAGCCUAAUUGGCCAAAUUAAAUGUGUGGGGGGCCUAGCUGAUCAUGUCCAUACCUUUAAGCUGGAGAGAUGGGGAGGAUGGAUGGUCGUGGUUGUUCACACAAGAAACGGCGAGAACCUGCUCGUUCUGGGUAUUAUGGUGCCUGUGAAAUGCGAAGGGGUUCUCAAUCACCAUGUAGCUUUUCCGAGGGCGUUUGAAUGGCGUUGUUCAUGUAAUUUGGAGAAGGUUAAAAUGAUGGUCUGGAGUGCAUACAAACGAGCUCUUCCCUUGAAAGGAUAAUAUAAGGAGAAUGGAGAUAGAGGUCAGCAUCUAGCUGCCUGUACGAGGCCAGGAUGGGGACUCCAUCCUACAUUUCUUGAUGGGCGAUCAGGUUGCUCGGGCUGUUGAGCCCUAUCCAUUGUGGAAGAUACAGAGUGUGGGGAUUGAAAGAAUACAGUUGAGAAUGUGAAAUGGAAUGUGUUUACACCAUAAAUUGCAUUUUUAGUA